AACCCAAAUAGCGUCAGAAGAAAUCCCCAGCUCCUUAUCACGCAUGCCCAUCAUUGUAAACUUCCGACAGCAUGGGUCACAGUGUAAACUUGAGCGAUUAUAAGGAUAAUCAUCAUUGAUUGUGAAUUGAAACUCCAUUGAUCACCCACAUAUAAGCUUGCCUCAACAUGGCCACCUACUGGAAGUCUGUCCCGCGCAAAUUCUGCGACUUCUGUAAAUGCUGGAUCACUGACAACAAGCCGAGUGUUGAUUUUCACGAAAAGGGGAAGAGACAUCAAGAAAAUGUCAAGAAAAGAAUCGAAGAGGUCAAGAAAAAAAGCAUCGAGAAGGCCCAGCGAGAAGAGGAAAUGGAGUCAGAUCUACAGAAGAUGGAGAAGGCUGCCCUGGAAGCAUUCAGAAAAGAUUUAGAGAAUGAUCCAGCUUUAGCAGCCAAAUAUUUUGCUAAGGCAAAAUCUGCCAAAGAUGCUUCUAAAACAAAAACAAAGGGGGAACCCGUUAACACGAAAGGGGCUGAGGAAGAGGGACUCCCGGAUUAUGUGGAUGUGAAGGAGUGGUUCGAGGCAAAGUCUCCUGAGGGCUACACAUACUACUGGAGUACUGUCACAGGGGAAUCUGUGUGGGAGACGCCCGACUCAUUUGUGACACUUGCAGAGCAGGAACAGACAGAGGAAGGGGAGACAACCCAGGAUGAAGCAGUCAGUGAAAAACAGAAUGAUUCACUGAAAAGGAAAUAUGAUGAAGAGAGUACAGACGAUAUAACUCCUUCAUCAAUUCCCCUACCUGUAGAGAGCAUCCCCUUGCCUAGCGAUAAACCUUCUCCAACUAGUGACGACCCCUUACCUGUAGACAUACCCCUUCCAGCUGAUGAACCACCCCCCAAGAAGAGGGACGACCCCAAGUGGGCACGAUGUGCUUACGGCACAUGGGAGACAGUCAGGGAGGCUGAGCCUCCACCCGAUAUGGAGCUGCCUAAGAUGGUGAAUGAAAUUCCCCUCCCUGAUCUUCCAAAACAGGAGCCCAAGUCGCGGUUCAAGGAGAAGAAGGUGACCUCUCUAGGAGGUGGAUCAGGGUCAGUGACCUUCAAGAAGAGAAAGUUGGCGUCUGGCGCACGGAAUGUCAGACAGAGAGACAGUGAUAAUUAAAUGGUUGCUGUGUGACAAACAGUAUGACUGAAUGGUUUCCAUGGGACCUGUUCUCAGCGAUAACUAAUGACUCAACAAAAUUCACAAUGGAGGAAUGCUCAUAUUAUUUUUAUUUAUGUUUUAGAAGCAAACAGUGUGAAAAGUAAUGUGCAAUGGCUAUCUUCUACAUCACACAAUAGUUUACAGAUACUAGUGUAUGAAUUAUAGAAGUCAUUGUCACUGUGUGUUUUUGUUAAGCAGACGCUGAACACAGAAACUAUCAAAAUCACACCAAGAAUAUACCCACCUUGUUGUACAUUGUUACAUUGGUUUAAAAAUAUUUUAAAAAUCAUUUCAGAUAUGUCACAGAUAUGUAUAUGUGUAUGUCUUAGUAUCUGAGUGGGUACUUCAUGUCUCAAUGACCCGUGAACAUCCGGGUUAGAAUUGAUCUUCAGUAAGCCAUGCUUGUCGUAAGAGGCGACUAACAGGAUCGGGUGGUCAGGCUCGCUCAAUUGGUUGACAGAAUGUGAUCGUAUCCCAAUUCUGUGAUAGCAUCUAACAUUUUGUACCACACCGACCGCC